UAGUCAUUUUCUAUGAUUCUGGAGCAAUAGAAGGAUGAAGAAUUGGAAAUGGAGUUAGAUGCGCGGCUUGAAGGCUGGCUGUACAUUGCUUUUGAACUAGGAAGUGGCUACCCUCCAUCCUCUCUAGUGUGGCAUCGAAGAUAUUGUGUCCUCGAACCCAAUCUCAAGAAGUUCUAUGUGCUUAAAGAUGAACAGAGUGCACAGUCAGUCAGUAACAGUGCAGUUGUGAGGUUGGACGACGAUUGUAAAAAUGAUACAGACACCCGUGAAGAAGUGUUUGACAAGCCGCUGGAUGAAGUGUUCGACGCGGGAACAACCCUCACACAAAUCACUCAAUACCGGAUAAGCAAACGAAUCAAGUCGAGUGGAGUAAGGCUGUCUACCAGAAACACUUCAAUCAACAACAGUAUAAACGGAGGACGGUGCAUGAGGAUGCGGUCCCACGAGAAGGCAGUCUCCGUCCUAGGAAUACACCGGUCGCAAUCACUUAUAUUAUUGAAUCGGUCCGCGUCAGAAAAAGCUGUAAAUAUACUGGGCAUUGAUCGUACAAUGUCAUGUAUUGAUGAGUCGCCGGUUACAGAGAAAGCAGGUGCCAUCCUGGGUAUAAACAGAGCGCAGUCGGUGCAGAUAAACGGGACUGAUAAUAAGUCAGAACACACGGACCCUCAUCACAACCAGGCUAACCCCAUGGUAUGGACAGUGUACCUGGGCUCGGACUCACCUCCCCUAAUCAGGGUAGUCCACCAGUCCCUGUCCGGCAGAGAACACACUUUUUGUGUGGAGACCAAGAAACGGAGCUUCUACCUCGCCUGCCGGAGUGAUCUGGAACUUAACCGCUGGAUUGACAGUCUGCAGCACGUAGUUGAUCCGAUGAAAGAAGAGCGAGUGCAACUUGAUCAGUCCCUUACAGUUUGGAUAGUCGAAGCUAAGCACUUACCUAAAAAGAGGUAUUUCGUGGAGUUAUAUCUGGACAACAUGUUCUGCUGUCGAACUGUCACCAAGCCAGUCAAGGAGAUGCUAUUCUGGGGAGAAAACUUCAAAUUCUGGGAUUUGCGGCAGUUUCAGAAAUUAAAGAUCGUUUUGCGCCGGGAGAAUAAAAACAAGAAAGCGUGUGUCAUCGGAGAAACUGAGAUACACGUCAAGGAUCUAACUCUUGGCCUGGAGCAUGAACACUGGUACAAUCUCUCAAACCUCACCCAAAAACAGACCGGUCACCAUGUUAAAGAACCCCAAAUCAGACUCAAACUUAAACUUCAGAUUUUAACCAUUUUACCACUUAACUUUUACGAGAGCUUGUUGACCUUCCUUGCUUCCAAAUCAAUCGACCUGUGUAAAGUAUUGGAGCCCCAUUUGAAUGUCAGACAGAAAGAGGAUCUCGCUAAUCUUCUUCUUCACGUACUACACGACUUCCAGAAAGCCAGAGACUUCUUAGAAGAAAUCGUUAUGCUAGACGUAGAGAAAACGGAGGAUCCUUCCCUGCUGUUCCGAGGGAACUCCAUAGCAACCAAAGCAGUUGAUCUUUACAUGAAGCUUAUUGGAUCAAAGUACCUUAAAAACACGCUCGGUCUUUUCAUCAGAGAUGUUUAUGACAACGCACAAGAGUUUGAGAUUGAUACCACAAGAAUAGUGGCAGGAGAAGAUUUCGUAACAAACCAACAGAAUAUGAGGAUGAAGGUGGACAAAGCAUGGGCUCUCAUCCUCUCUUCUUACCCCAAGUUUCCUCCAGAUUUGCGGGAACUAUUUUCCCGGAUCCGCCGUAGAUGUGAUAACUCCGGCCGGAGUGAUCUGAGCAAGAAGCUGCUGAGUGGGUCGAUAUUCCUGCGGUUUUUCUGCCCCGCCAUCAUGUCACCCAGCUUGUUUAACCUGACUGAUGAGUAUCCCGACGAGAGAAUUAGUCGUUGUCUCAUCAUCACCGCUAAAGUUAUCCAGAACCUCGCUAAUUUUACCAAGUUUGGUGGCAAAGAAGAGUACAUGAGUUUCAUGAACGAGUUUGUGGAAACAGCCACGCCCAACAUGGAACUAUUCCUCUCGAAAAUAUCAGAACCGAUGGAGACGGAGUUUAAGACAGCAGAAAUCUACAACUCUAAUAUUGGUCACAACCUCGCCUCACUCCACUCUUUUCUGACUGAGAAAAUCGGACUUCUCUCCCCUGAAGAUCGACUACGUCUGGAAACCCUCCCAACAAUCCUCCUCGAACUAGACGAACGGUGUGAGAACCUUCCAGAAAACUCCCAAUUUCCCCUGCCAGAGCACCACUCUGUCAGUGUCGGCGGUGGCGGGGCCGAGUCUCCUGUGGAAGAUCGCCGACGGAAAGCCGGUAGUCUGCCCGCUGUCAGUUUGAGCGAUAGUCAGAGGCAGGAUUUAAAGAUGCGAUCGUUCCAGAACUUCAGAUCGGAGAAGUGUACAGAAGUUUACGGAUAUAGUUCCAACACACCCUCCAAUUCUUCUCCAGAGGUCGAACAAGAAGGAGCCCCUCAUCGUAAGGAUAUUCAGUCGGUUGUUGACAACAGUGAGGCAACAAGAAGAAGGUCACUUCCAGCUGUUCCAGAAGAAAAUACUCCCAUCGCCAUAGGAUUAUUUCCUCCGGGACAAAUGUCGGAUCCCACCAGCUACAUGGGAGUGCGGCGACAGAAGACAGAGGUUCCAGGGGCAGCUCCCACUGAACCACAGGAUCCGGAUAACCAGUUGAACUUGGCUAUGGACAAACUGGGCAACCUCCGCAGGGCUAUCGGCACUUUCUUAUUCACUCACACUGGCCGGAGCCCUAAGUCAGAUGACGAAGUAUUAGAGAUGUUAGAAGCUCUAACAGUUGCCCUAAAGGAAUGACCCAGAGUACCGCGUGAUGCCCAUAUAAGGAGUUAACACUUAACUUCACCCACCUGUCCCUGUUGACCUCCUGUCCUUCAUCACUAACGUAGACCUGCAUCACCGCCCAGAUGAGUCAUAAUUCCUCACAUUUUAGCGUUUAUGAACCCUUUUAAAACCAUCCCAGACAAUUACAUUUAAUUACAUAAGUCAUCAUAUCAUUCUCUGUAAUUAUUUUAGUGGAGUAUUUUAUAUACCUAAUUGGCAAUAAUGUAGAUCUUACUAAAAAUGUUCCUGAUUUUUUACUUAUCGACCCGUCCAAAUUAUGGCCAUUCAAACUUUUUCCGCUGAAUUAAGACUGGAAAAAUUGUGAAACUGUACGUAAUCUUUGGGUAAAGUUUUGGUUUUAUAGUAUUAUCCAUCAGGUUCAAAGGGAUUUCAAGGGCAAUUUUUAAGGAAAAAUUCAAUCCUUUCAUAAGAUAGUUUUUCUCAAUUCUUUAAUUUCCUUGAAAUUGAAUGUUGGAAGAGUCAGUUUGGUUAUGCCAAAACCUAGGAAUUUGCCAAAAGUUUGUGUUGCUUCAAGGAUAAAAACAAAUUUUCUUGACCUAAAGUUCCCGUUCUUUUAUCGCGACUAAAUUAUUGCCAACAAGGUAGCCAUGCAUAUUUAAGAAAUAUUUAUCAUGUUGGUAGCAAUUGCUAUAUCACACCACAAACUAUUUGGUAUCCUGUUCUUUUCUUUUAUUUACAAUCGCGUAAUCGCAGUGUUCAAAAACACUGGUUUUGAAGUAAGUAAUAUGUGAAAUAUCAUGAAUUUGAAUGAAAUGUUAGCUAUUGAAUUGUGAUUUUUGUGAAUAGUUAUUGUAGAUCUCUUUCCUAACUUAUUUAUUUAUCUGUUCGUUUAAUUUUAAUGCCUCCAUAUAUAGAUUUGUUUGCCAAUUAUUCGUGAAAAUUAUGACAUUUUGAUUUGUAGUUGGGUAUUGUGUUGCAUACUUAUCUAAAAAUUUCGUGUGCAGAUUAAGCUAUUGAUAUUUUGAGUACGUUGAACAAUACAUAGCUUUUAUUAAAAUUUCAAAAUGGGAGCGAUCGACAGCUUUUCGAAAGUCAUACGUUACAAAAACAUUUAAUUAAUGUUAAUUUUAUUAAUAUCCUUAGUGCGGUGAAACUUGAUGUUUUUCGUUUACCUAAUUCACUUUUUCGAUUAGUUCCUUGAAUUUUUGGGAUCGGAGCAGUAGGGUUUAAAUUGGAACUCAUGUUAUCAUUAUUCAUUGUAUGUGUUCGUCGAUUGUUCGCGCCGAUCAAAAAUUCCUUCUGAA